AUGGCAAAUAAACGUCAAAACAAAGAUUUAAAUGUUCCAGUGCAGCAGAAGAAAUAUAAAUCUGAUAAAAGCGAAUUUAAUGGGACUAUUUUUAAAUCCAUGCUUAAGGAUCCCAGCAAAACAUUUAAAGGCUUAGAAAACUUCAUCCAGACUGCAAAAAAGCUUCCAGGUGCCGACCUGUAUGAUGUAGUCGAGGGCUACAUAAAGAUCUCAGCAGAAUGUGCAGAAAUACUGUCCUUACUGGAUGGAGCUUCAAAUUCCGAAGCUGAGCUGAUGCUGAUAUUUCAGAGCUUGGAACUGAUUUUGCUCCGGACAGCGAGUGACCUCUCUCAUUUAAGCCUGGUUGGCUCCACAAUCGUCAAGAAGACCGUCUCCUCGCACAUGAAGCUGCUGCAGUCCACCCUGUCAUCGAAGAAUCAUCAAGUCGUCCGGCGGUGCCUCUGCUUGUUGACGGCUAUGGUGUCCCAGGGUACGGACGCCGCGAACGACGUCUUGACCAAUUUCGUCUUCAGCAAAACUCUCAGCAACCUCGCUCGGCUUAGGGACAAAGCGGGCCGGCCAGACGUUCGGACGGCCUACGUCCAGUUCGCCCUGUCGUUUCUUAUGUACGGAGACGGUUCAUCGUUAGGACACAUACUGGACACCAGAGAUUUCCUGUCAGGAUUCUUAAACACGGGGCUGAAAGAAGACAGGUUGUCAGUUAUCAGCUUGAUUUUAUCCACGUUACAGACAAAAGUUGUCCAAAACUCGGCGGUCAGUAAAACACAGAAGUUGCGUUUCUUCACUGCUUCCACUUUGACUCAGAUCGCUUCUCUGUAUAAGUGGAACGGGAUUGUGGAUGCCACCACUGAUCAUACUGAGGGUGUAAAUGAACAGGAAGGAGGAAAGCUCGCUGUACGAGAGCUGGUUCACAACUUCCUCCUUGAAGUCUGCUGCUCACGCAAAAACGGAAUCAGCUUCCAUGAUCCGAGUCUGGGGACGGCUGGACGAACCGGAAACAUCGUCCUGCUGCAGUUCGCCGUGAGCCUCAAGCAAGCCAUGGAGGACGAGCUGGUGGCCGAGCUGCUCGUCAGCAUCCUGAAAUGCAACCCUGAUAUCCUGCGACGAUACUUUAAAGAAACUCAGUUCUCCUUCGCUCCGCGCAUGAAAGCGACCUGGCUGGAGAGCAUCACACUGCUGAAGAAAAUUUAUCAGGCCCAGCCUGAGGUGUCUUCGGCGGUGCAGUCGCAAGAAAUGAUUCCUGCGUCCCGUUUACUCAGCAUGGUUCAGGUCACCUCCCUCCCUCCUGUGUGCAACAAGACCUUCUUUACUCAGGGACUCAAUCUGCCUGGUGUGGGGGGACAGCACGCUACCCUGUCUCUGCUAGCUUUCAUCCUAAAGAGAGCUCAGAAGAAUAUUGAGCACUGUCUAAAGCGAUCGUCGGACAGUUGCGACACAGGCAGUCUCAGCUCCAUGGAAGACUUCGUUCAGCUUUACAGGGAAGCCCUGAGCAAGAUUUUACCUGACGUGAUGUCCAUCGUGUCAAAGUGGCAGUCGCUGUCCAAAAAGAAGAACGACACAGUGGAUUCAAAAUCCGUUUCAGUAGAACCAAAGGGGGAGUAUCAGGUUAUGAGUGAAGAUCACGGUGAGCGGGACCCAAAACUGAUCUUAUUUAAGGCUCUCCUGCUCCAAGUGAUUUGUUUGUAUCAGAGAGUUGUUCCUCACCUUGUUACUGAGAGCAAGUUCGACUUCAGCAAACUGUUAAAAGGCAUCGUUUCAGCGAAGGCGACAAAUGAAGAUGUUCCUCCUGUCCUGCAGUAUCAGAUCUUGCAGCUGGCACUGGAGCUGCCCGCCAGCAAGUUCUCCUGGUUCCACCUCCAGGAUGCCGGGGCUCUUGAACAGGAGGGGGUGGAGCGGUCCGUUUUGUACGUGCUGCUGAAGAUGUUCGUCAACAGUAGCAGCACUCAUCUGAGGACCUCAACUAGGAUGCUUAUCUUAAAGGUACUAAGAGAGAGCGGUGUGUUUGAGCACACAUGGAGAGAGUUCGGCUUCUGGCUGGAUCACCUGCUCGAUUUGGAGUCGUCUCAGCAGCAGACUGCGAUCCAAUUUUUAGAUCAGGUUUUGGUGAGGGUGGUGUGUAAUCCUUACGUCUACAUUGAUAAAGUCUCAGCCAUGCAGCAGGAGGCCGUGUCUCUCCAAGCCGAGAGGAAAAAGCAGGACAUGAACGCUGAUGACGGACUCAAAUCACAUGCUGAUGACAUACCAGGUGAUUUUAUCAUCAAGGCGGGCGGUGGAGCAACAACCUUUAAAGAUAUCGAGCCGUCCCAAAGUGAAGACCUCAUUCCACAGAUCUUUCCAUUCAGUCCUGCAGUACCAGCUAUUCUGGAGGCUCGAAACAAACACUUGUUGAAUUUAAGAGAUCAAAAAGAUGUGCUGUGUGAGUAUAUAUGUGCUGUGCUCUGUGAUGUCCUGCACUGUCAGAGGGAUCCGCUCGCUAUGUGUCUCACCCUCCAGCAUUACGAUGAAGAAAUACUCCUUGCCGAGAAUUCUACCUCCGUUCCGUCCUCUCUUACCGCCUUUCACCACUAUUACUGUAAAUGGAUUUCGGAAAAGUCUCAAAUACUGAAGGUCAGCCUGGUGCAGUCCUCUGUUCCUCCAUUGGCUUUAGGUUUUCCUGCCCUCCUGAAGUCAUGCUACACCGAAGGACCCACCGCCUUUCUGAGAGACUCAUUCCGGCAGGAUCUCGAGACGUCUCUGUCCACCUUACAGUUGUCUCGGUUCACCGGUGCCGUCAGUCAAACUCUGAUCUAUCUCAAGACCUUUGUGGAAACUUUCAGCUCGCUUCCUAAAGGCCAGGCACUUGAGGUUGUGGGUCGUGUGCUGGAGGUGCUUCAUGCUCUGCUUCUUAAACUGCAUAGCACAACAGAGAUUCCGUCUACUCAACCAGAGCUGGAGGAGAACGAGGAGCUUCUCAUGGAGAUGAACCUUACAGCUGUUCAAGAAGUCAGCAGGGAGCAGGUAUUGCUCGCUGUGUUUCGGUCAGUGUUUACACACCCUGUUUUGAAGCAGUGGUUCCUGGCCGUGGAGCUUGGUGGAAAGCCGUCGCAAUCCCUGAAACCAGAGCGGAUGAGGCAGCUGUGCGAUCGACUGACGGUGGGUGUGCUUACCCUGCUGCAGUCCUGUGCUGAGACCCUCCAAGCCAUCCAUGCCCUUAAGCUUAUCAGCCCUUACCUGUCUGCUGCACAACAUGCCCUGCUUACCGAGCUACAGCGGAGCAGCAGAUGCCCUACAGAAGAAUCCCAGUCUGUUAAAGCCUUCCUCGCUCUGCACCAGUACAUGGAACCGUCCAGUGUGAAUGAGGUUUUAUCCGCUCUGCUGAUGCUGCCCCAGAACAGACUGCUGGCUGAUGGUGACCAGCUGAGUGUUUACGGCCAUGCAGUGCUGACCAUCCUUACUAAAGCAGUGUCUCACACUUUUCCAAAAAAUGGCCUCCCCUUUCUGUCUCAUGUGCAUUUUCGCAGUCUGGCUUCCCUCUACCCUUCCUGCCACAGUGCCCAACUGGAGGACUUUCUCUUGCAGGUGUUGCGGAAUGAACCUGGCUUUGCCAAGGUCAUCCCCACUGACAUUCUGCUCCACUGCCUCCAGUGCCGUUGUAGCCCAGAGCUGACGGCUUUACUGGUGCAGGUCUGCUCCACUCACUGUCUGAGCUUUGAGCUCUGGUGCCUGGAACAGACUGACCUCACGCACAUUACUGCUGAAAACGGUGGCUUCCGUUCUCUUCUGGUCAGCUACCUCCAGCGAGUGACCGCUGAAGACCCCUGCAGGCCUAAAGACAUUCAAAAGACGGUUCUGAAGAUGUUAACCAAACGUUUGCUGGCUGAAUUGUCGAGCUCGGUGCUGAGGGUGAAACCCGGUGUGUCCUUGGAGCAAAGUGUGGAUCUGAUUUCGAGGCUUAUCCAGUUGGGAGCUGUUGAUCCUGAUCGCACCAAGCUUAUAAGUGACCUACCAGUCCUUCUUCAGAAGACGGAACAUCCUGAAAGCAAGUGUUUGUUGUUCAGGUGGCAUCUGGCAGACUCCAUCACUCAGAAACUGGGUGGUACGCAAGGGGAGCUACAAUGGAGAAAAUCUUUGCUCACUGCUGCCCUGCGAUGGCUGUCGGCGACUUAUAAAGAGCAGAAGGAGCCUUGUGUUGAAACGGAGGAGGCCAUGCUGCAGAGAUUAAAAACUUUACAAAUCUCUUCAGAGAAUGUAACAGAUCAGGACUGGAACACCUUUAUUAAGUCUGGUCUAAAGUAUCGUUACCAAGAUGUGCGGUUCCUGUGCACCCUGAACUCUUUGCUGGGACUGAUGUACAGUGAUGUGAAAGCUGCUCAAGGACUGUUGACGGUACAAAUGAUUCAUACGAUGGUCACAAGUCAUUCUCUGUUUUUGCCCACAAUGCUGACACCCAAUGAUGAGGCGAAAGGUAGCCACGAGUCCAAGGAGGCACUUGUGUCGCUCCUGCUUACCUUGGUAAGAAAAUGCCCUGAAGUUUGUAACAGCAAUCAUUUCCAUGUUCUGCUGGGUGCAUAUGGAGCUACGCUGAGUCCUACUGAUCGGAAAUUGGUACUUCUUCUGAAAGAGUAUGAAAAGCAGAACAUUAGUCUUGUGGAAUUUCAGUGUUUGCUGUGGGGAAGCGCUGCUGUGGAAUACCACAAGACACGGAAGAGCCUCGGCCCGACACUAUGGCAGCAGCUCGGCUCUGAGCAGCUUUUGGAUCAGCUGUCUAUAGACAUAAUGAUAAAUACAGUCAAACACUUUCCACAACAUUUCUGCCUCGUUCCAAAGGAUGAAGACUUGAUUUCCAUAGAGAACAAAGAUGGCUCACAGGAUGAGCUGUCUCUGUAUGACCCAUCUUUCCUUAUUUCACUUUUCAGCUACAUCCUGCGUCCAGAAUCUGUAAUAGACUGUCGGAAGUUUGUGUCCAGUCAUGCACUGGGUGUGACGGUAGCGGCCCUAAGCAGUUACGAUCACAAAAUGCGAGCUGCUGCGUAUCACGUCCUUGGUUCCUUCUAUCAACAUCUGGAGGGUGCUCGCUUCAAAGAGAAGAAACAGUUGCUUUACUUAUUGGAUACAGUCAGGAAUGGGAUCCAAAAGCAGAAUCUCAGAGUCUCGUUCUUACAUGCUACCUACAUCGCAAAAGUGGCUCAACUGAUUCUAAGACCUGAGGAGCACAUGUAUCUGGUGGUGAACAGGUUUCUUUUAGGAACCCCUUAUAUGGAUCUCAAGAGGCUUCCUGACUUCUUCAGACUUUUCUAUAGCUUUGAUCUGGAGCACAAACUGGAGCGGGAGUGGGUGCUAAAAGUGCUGGAAGACGGUAUGAGAGACAGGAUUUCGUACGACCUUUGUGAACAGCAGACUUUCCUACAGAUACUCCUGGGUUUUUGCAGCAGCCCCCUGUGUGACCAGUCUUCCCAGAUUAUUAAUGUACUCAGGAAAAUCGCUCAUAUCAACGAAGCCGCUUCUGACUUCAUCAAGGAGCAUGGCAUCUUAACAUGGAUAGGACAACUAUUACAAAGGAGGCAUUUAGACGGGAGGUUGCUGAGUCCGGUGAUUAACCUGCUCCAUACAUUGUGGUUCACCAACCUCGACAAGAAGGGCAGUAGGACGUCGUGGAGCAACACAGCAGACGUGAAACCUAAAAGACACAAAUGGCUUCCGUUCUCAGUGACCAACAACUACCUUGGAGCUUUGCUUACGGUCAUUAAGCACCUGAGGACCGGAGUGGCAGCAGCUGAUGUGAGAAGGUUUCUGCAGACUCUGGAAUCUGUAUUGAAGCAUCAUGCCGUGGCACCAGGUGGUCAGACGGACGCUGACCGGUUGACGCCGAACCCUCAGACGCUGACCUGCUCAGCAGCGCUCGGUUUGCUGCAUGUGUGGGGAAGGCUGGCCUGUGACGACACGUUACUCGAUGGUCUUCAAGAACUGGCCAGUAAACACAAUGUUAAAGCGCUACUGGGAUCUGGAAAUGAGAACCUGCAUGGAAAUGUGAAAUGCGGUGUGGAAAAGGAUGUAAUGCUGGCAUGUAAAACCCUCCUGGUGAAUGUUUUCACACACUGGGAACCAUGGCCAGCGCCAUGCAUACCCAACCAGAACGCUGAUAACCCAACAGAUUCCACCGGUCUCAUCAAUGCCACUGCCUACACGCUCAUCAACUGGACCCUUAGAACUUUAUCCGAGAUGCCUUACGACGAGAACGACACCCUUGCGACCUUAAAAUGGUUAAAAACUACGGUGGUGCAUGAAAGCAUUGCGAGAUCUUUGCUGACCGGUGAAGCAGUAAGAGCUGACCUGUUAAGACUGUACGACCAGGCGUGUGAGGGGCAAAGCACCGUUAACCUGGAUAUAGUUCAGCUUUUUACCUCGAUCAUGGUGCACUUGUUGGAGGCUCAAGGAACUGAUCUUCACACGAGUGUAAUAAAUACAUGCUCGCAGACAACUACAGACGAUGACCACAGAGAAGCAGGGCUGAAAUUAUUAUCCUGGUACAUCUACGAUGUCUGGAAUGGAGCCCAGGUGCCUCGCCUACUCCUGAGCCACGCCCAGCUGCUGAGCAAAUACAGAAAGAAUCACAAGAAUUGCAGAUCCCCUGUCGUGCACAUCUGUGAAGAUAUUCUCCCUGCUUUUGACUCCUCUGUGUUAUUCUGAAAAUGCAAAUGAAUUUAAAUGAAUUAAAUCUUUUAACCCACGUUA